CUCUUGUUGCUACUCCUUUUGCUGCUACUUCAACUUUUGCCUCUCUCAACCCAAGAAAAGCGAACAAAAAUGGCAGUUACUUUGUAUAACCUUAAAUCUGAAUCUGGGUUGAAGAAACUUAACGAGUACCUUCUUACUCGCAGUUAUAUCACUGGGUACCAAGCUUCAAAGGAUGAUAUCACUGUCUAUUCAGCUUUGUCAUCAGUUCCAUCAGAUGAAUAUGUGAAUGUUGCUAGGUGGUACAAGCACAUUGAUGCUUUGUUGAGAAUUUCUGGUGUUUCUGGCGAAGGAUCUGGUGUCAUUGUGGAAUCUUCUCUUGUUGCGGAAGAGGCUAUUGCCACUCCUCCAGCUGCUGACACAAAGGCCACUGAAGCAGAGGAUGACGAUGACAGUGAUGUGGAUUUGUUUGGUGAAGAGACUGAGGAAGAGAAGAAGGCAGCUGAGGAACGGGCAGCAGCUGUGAAGGCAUCUGGCAAAAAGAAAGAGAGUGGAAAAUCAUCUGUUUUGUUGGAUGUGAAGCCAUGGGAUGAUGAAACCGACAUGAAAAAGCUUGAAGAAGCAGUGAGAUCUGUUAAGUUGGACGGGUUGUUAUGGGGUGCAUCCAAACUUGUUCCUGUUGGGUACGGUAUCAAGAAACUUCAAAUUAUGAUGACCAUUGUUGACGACUUGGUUUCUGUCGACAAUAUGGUUGAGGAUUAUCUUACUGUCGAGCCGAUCAACGAGUAUGUCCAGAGUUGUGACAUUGUGGCCUUCAAUAAAAUAUAAUCUGCUAUUCAUGUGGGCCUGAAAGUGGGGAGAAAUUGCAAUUAUUAGAGAUGACAAUCAAGGGUUUCUGUUAUAUUAAUUAAGCUGAGAUUUUUGUUUUUUUUGAGACUUAUCUGCCACCGUUGUGUCAUUUGAUGAAUUUUGUCUUGUGAUUUCAUCACUGUUAAGUGGAUUGUGUUAUAAUUAUUUAAGUUAAGAA